UCAGCCCUGCACAUCCAUGCCUUUUCCAAUGAUCGCCAUUAGUUGCCACUUCCGGGCCCGCCGCAAUCAAUCCCCGUUAAGGUCAUACCAACAGGGUCAGAAUAAGGUUGACAGUGAAAGCUACGGGGGGUAAAACCGCACCUACACCUACACCUGUUAAAUGACUUUCCCUCCUCCCUCCGCCCUCUCUCUCCCUUCUCACUUACCUGUCAAAGCUGUAUAUACAGGCUCGGCAGCUCCUUUUAUUGUGUCCAGGGUUCCUCCCUUUGUGCUCAUUUCCAGCCACACAUCCCAAAUAAACAUUUCCGCCCCAGAGGACCUCACUUUACCUUAAUCCAGGGAAGAUGUCACCCACGGUCGCAGCAAUGCCGACAGCAACAACGGCCUUCCCCCCGCGACAGAGACCGGGAUACCUGACCGAGAAAGGCCGCCCCCUAGCCACCGUGACCGACUCUCCCACACCACUCAUCCAGAAGCACAACGUCCCCCAAGACGAAGCCCCAGAAAAAGAAGCACCCCUGCCCUACUGGCUCACCAACAUUCCGCGUUCCCAAUGGCCCCCCUCCUGCCCCAGCUACCUCCGCGACAUCUCCCAAAAGAACAUCGAGAUCCUCUCGACCCCGGACCAUCUCUACCAAAGACAAGGGUGGGACCUCGUCACAGAGCUCGUCCGCACGAACCGAAUCGACCGCUUCCAGCGCCUCCCCAGCGAUCUCCGCCGGUACCUGGAGUACAAGGCGCGGAUCGUCGCCGAGUACGGGUCGAUCAUGCGCUUCGUCGUCAAGGAGCGAUUGCGGUGGGGGGAAGGCUUGCAGAGUGAUUUGCGCGCCAAGGGGAGGCCGUUUGAGUUCGAUGAAGACCUCCGCAUCCUGUACAACGACUGGCCAUACGGCCUGGAGCCGGAUAUCGUGCACCUGGUCGUGUGGACCAAGUUCCCGCUGGAGGACGAUCCGGUCGUGGAUGAUUUGACGCCGCGCGCGCGGCGCGAGAUCGACGGGUUCGUGCGGCGGACGUUCCAUGCGAGGAUGGCGCCGGAGCAGGUGAUCUGGUUCCGGAACUGGAGGUCGCUCAAGUCGGUCCAUGCCGUCGAGCAUUUCCAUGUCAUGUUGUAUCGCCCCCCGGCCGCGUUUUUGGAGGAGAUUACCCGCGGCGAUUUGCCGGCGCACGUGAUCGGGUAGCCUAGCUGGUCUGUGGAGGAUUGGACGGAUCGGAACCUGAAUCAUGGCGCUGUCUGGCUCAGACUUGCUAGAGGAGGAUUGGCGUUGGAAGAAUACUUGCUGGUGUGAUGAGCAUACAAAGCUUAAGCUUUUUUUCUUUCUUUUUGAAACUACAAUAGCCCUACAUAGUAC